AUGUCAGUCACCGAACCGCGGCCCCGAGUCAUCUACUCGGACGACGGCCCCGAGUCGCCCUACCCGCUACAGAUGGAGGGGACCGUGAUAUCAGGCUUCGGGCGAGGAUCAAAGGAGCUCGGCAUCCCGACAGCCAACUUACCCGUCGACGCCGCGCUGACGCCCUGGAUCGCCUCGGCGACCUCGGGCGUGUACUUCGGCUACGCCUCCCUGUCGCUGCCCCCGACGCACCCCGACCUGGAAGCGACCUCGGCGGGCGGCGUAGAGUACCAGAUAUACCCGAUGGUCAUGUCGAUCGGGUAUAACCCGUUCUACAAGAACGCGGUGCGGUCGGCCGAGGUGCACGUGCUCCACAAGUUCGCGCAGGACUUCUACGGCGCGCCCAUGCGGCUGCUGAUCCUGGGCUUCGUGCGCGAGGAGAAGGACUACAAGUCGCUCGAGGCGCUCGUCGAGGACAUCAACAUCGACUGCGACGUGGCGCGGCAGAGCCUGGCGCGGGAGGCGUGGACGCCGCGGGAGGGUGUCGUUGGCGGUGGCAAGGGGGCACUGGACGGGGCGUGGCUUGUGAGGGCGUGA